AUGGGCACCCCCAGGGCACCCCACGGGACAUCCCUGGGCAUCACAUGGGCGCCCCCAGGGCACCCCCAUGGGCACCCCCAUGAGACCCCCAGUCAUGGGCACCCUGCACCACGGGGGCUGCAUGGGCACCCCCAGCCGGCUGCCCCCCAGGCCCUGCCCCAGGCUGCGCUGUGCCCGCAGGAGACGGGGAACACGGAGGUGCGGUUCAUGCAGCUGGACCUGGCCAGCCUGCGCUCAGUGAGAGCCUUUGCCAGCACCUUCCUGCGCCAGGAGCCCCACCUGCACCUCCUCAUCAACAACGCGGGGGUGAGCGCCGGGGGCACGACAGAAGAUGGCUUCAGCUUCUCCUUCCAGGUGAACCACCUGGGCCACUUCCUGCUCACCCAGCUGCUGCUGGAGCGGCUGCAGAGCUGCGCGCCCAGCCGCGUGGUCAUCGUUGCCUCCAGCGCCCACUCUCUGGAGUGCACUUUGGCGUAG